CUCUUAUUUUUUCUGGAUAUCAUAGCACCUCUAUUCAGGGGAAUCUCUCGUCCUUCCCUUCUAUCUUCCAUGGCUGCUUUCACCUGCACCUCCCGACCGCCGCUUUCCUUCCUGCCGGGGAUGACGCUCUCAUACUCCCCGAGAUCUUCUCUCUCCGCUCGACGGAUGCGUGCCGUGUUUCCGGAAUCAGGAGGUUUAAGGACCCGCCUCUCUCUCUCUCCGGCUUCGUUGACCUCGAAGAGUUUUAGGGUUUCCCGACAACGACGAAACGUCGUGUGUGAAGCUCAGGACACUACUACAGACAUUCCAAUUGUGACCGAUUCAACUUGGGAGGCGCUAGUUCUCAAGGCUGAAGGACCUGUGCUGGUGGACUUCUGGGCACCCUGGUGUGGACCUUGCAAAAUGAUUGACCCAAUAGUGAAUCAACUCGCUCAGCAGUAUGUCGGGAAAUUCAAGUUUUAUAAACUGAACACUGAUGAUUCUCCGUCAACCCCAAGCCAAUACGGGGUUAGAAGCAUCCCAACGAUUAUGAUCUUCGUCGAUGGUGAGAAGAAGGAUACAAUCAUCGGCGCUGUGCCCACACAAACUCUUACAGCUAGCAUCGACAAAUUCUUGCAAUGAAGCAUCUCUCUGAGGCUGCUUGGAGCUUCCCAAACAGUUAAAAUUGAUGAAUCAAGACAAGAUUCUCUCAGGAAAGUUCUGCAAGUGAGGAAAUUGAAUGGCUGAGACAGAAGUGUGUGUGUAUAUAUAUUUAUGUAUAUGUGUAUACGUCAUGCCCCUUGUUUUCAGGUCCUCCUGCUUCCUCGACUUUGGGUUGGGGGUUGUAAACACUUGUGAAUUUUAUAAUCAAGGAAUAUAAAGGAUGGAUUUUGUUGUGGU